AGGUUCGCUCUGUCAGAUGAAAAUCCUGUUUAGUUUCAAACUCAGUCUUCACCCAGAAUGAAACUAAUAUUGCUGAGCUGCUUGGUGACGGCGGCCCUGCAGGUGGAAUCAGCUGGUCAGGCUGGGGCGGCAGGCCAGGACGCCUGGUUCUUAGCUCUUCUUGGUCAACUCUCACCAAGGGUGAGUGAGAUGGGAACAAGGGUUCUAAACUCAAGGGUUGAACCCUUAGUACAGGGUGCUCUUGCAACUCUAAACCUUGGACGGAAAGCUUUUAAGUUUACUCGGAUCAACUUGGGACAAGUCCGUCCAAAAAUCACAAAUAUCAGGACCCAUAGUGCAGUGUCUGAUUUAAAUAGGAUAACAAUGGAUUUUGAUCUGGUGUACAUUGGUGAUGGAGAUAUCCAAGUUUCAAUCCUAGGUGUCUCUAGUGGGGUCAGGAAUGUAAAAUUGGGAGGACGGGGUAGACUUGUUCUGUCUCCAACUAUGAGUGAACUUCCUCUGGUCGGAGGGAUACAGUUCUUCUUCCUCACUAAACCAGAAAUAGAUUUCGACUUUGACGGACUUGCAAAGAUCGCUGAUCUUCCUGUUAUCAAGGCAAAGAUCAAAGAAGAUCUUCUAGAAGAUCUAAAUAAGCAUGCAGUUUAUCCGAACAGGAUUACAAUUCCUCUCUCUUGGACGGCAGAUCCACAGAUGAUCUGGCAACCACAGAUAUCAGGCAUACUUGGAGUUAAACUUAGAUCUGUUAAAGGACUACCCAGGCGAGGUGGAGUGAGGAAACUGGUAGGUCAGGAUAAACCUGACGUAUUUGGCAUCCUCGGAGUCGGAGGUCAGGAGUGGAGGUCAACAGUUGUCAAGAAUACUGUAGAGGCCACAUGGGAGGAAUGGUAUGAAUUUCCGCUGGAACUAUUGGACGGACAUAUCCUUGAGAUAAAUAUGUAUGAUAAAGAUCACUCCAGUAAAGAUGAGUUCCUGGGUUAUGCUGCUAUUGAUGUCAAGAACUUUAUGCAACAGCCUCAUUUUCUUACUACACAAAUAACUAAGGGAUCAAAUUCAGCCGCAUUAGGCAGUGAUCAGUCAACCCCUCUACCUAGCAGCCAGCCAUUGCAAUCCAGUAUUAGAUUGGUCCAAGCCACCCUUCAGGCAGUGCCUGGACGGAAAUCUAAAUAUGAGAAGUUGGGAGGAGAAAUUGAAUUGGAAAUGGCCUGGCAACCUUUAAUCUCAACUCCAGGAUCUGCGACAUCAAGGCUUUUCCCUGGAUCCACUGAAGCUGUUUUAACAGUAUUCCUUUACUCAGCUAAUAAUCUUGCUAAGUAUUCUGAUGGAACUGGAUUAGCGGCAUCUCACAUCCCCUCUCCGCGUGCCAGCAUCAUGGUCGCUAACUAUACUCAGCAGAGCGAAAUUGCCAGGGACACCCAGCAAGCUAGUUUCAACUUUGGAACAAGUUUCAGUCUUCAACAAAACUGGAAAACUCAAUCUUUAACUAUUAAACUGGAAGAUACUGAGUCAAGAAAAUCCCUUGGUGAGGUUCAGCUGAGUUUAUCUUCUCUCCUAGGUUCAGAUAAAACCAAGGAGAUCGUCUCAUUAGAUCCUAAAUAUCCGUCCCAGACAAUCACAUUGUCCGCCAAACUCAGGUUUCCGGCAGAUACUACACAGCAUCAGGGCUAAUCUACCAAAAUGUUAACAUAAGGAUUAUUUUGUGAUUAAUAAAUUAAUUUAGAUUUUUAAAUUAUUAUUUUGUACAAAUGUACGUAAUUAAAGAAGGAAUAAAUUAGCAUGCAAAAUUUCA